UUAAUGGCCGACGAAUAACUUUACCGGAGUUUUCCUAUUAUUGUUUUAAUCUUUAAAAAAAUGACAAAUUCAAGUUUAGAUUUCACUAGGACUUUAGGUUGAAACUUGAUCUUGAAGUUGACGCAUAUUUGUUGAUAUAAAUAUUUAUAUUUGUUCCGGUUUGUUUGUCCCUUGGUUGGUUCUUGGUCGCACGUCACCGGAUGUAGAAUUCCUCCACUCAGCCCGUCUUGUUUACUGUAGCCGGGCUCGUGGCUAACUCCAUCAAAUAUGGUCAAAUUCCUGAUAAACACAGUUUGAUAUCGAGCUGUGUCCCUCGAGACGUCUAUUUAAGUUCCUUCCUGGGAAGAAGAACACGUGGCUGACUCGCUGCUGCGUCCCUCGAGGUCAAGAUGAUCGAGGUGGUGGCCUCCAUGGCCCGAGGUCCCGUGCUCCUGGCCGGGGAGCUCAUGGAGUGUCUCAUAACCUUCACCAACCCCAUGUCGCACCUCUCCACCUCGGCCAGCAGUGAGAUGUUGGCCUGGGCCAGUGCUCAGAUUCACUGUCAGUUCCAUGCCAGUGAGAACCGGGUGGCUCUGCCGACCCCGGGAAACAAACAGGACGUCCAGGCCGAGAGCGACACGGUGCUCAUUCCCAGCAGAGGAGAGCGAGGGCAGUGUGUGCUGGACACACCACCUAAGAUACUGUUCUGUGACCUGCGUCUGGACCCCGGGGAGAGCAAAACCUAUUCGUACAGUGAGGUCGUGCCCAUAGACGGGCCUCCUAGUUUCCGUGGUCAGGCGGUGAAGUACGUCUACAAACUGACCAUCGGCUGCCAGAGAGUGAACUCGCCCAUCAAACUGCUGAGAGUUCCCUUCCGAGUGCUGGUGCUGCAGGGCAUGCCCGAGCCUCCGUUUCCCCAGGAUGAGGAGGUCUCCCCUUCCAACCCGUUCCUGGAGGAAGAGGAAGCGAGCCGCAGGGAUGCUCGUCCUCUGGAGAGAGCACUGGACAUGCUCAUGGUCACCACCUCCAGGCGAUGCCCACACAUGUUCAACAUCACCAACAUGCGAGGGAAAGUGGCAAAGUUCUGCAUCUUCAAGAUUGUGUACAGACUCGGGGAGGACAUCGUCGGCACGUUCAACUUCUCAGAGGGGGACAUCCCCUGCUUACAGUAUUCAGUGAGCCUUCAGAGUGAGGAGGAGAUCCAGCAGCAGUACCAGCGGCGUCCUGGCCAGGCGGUCAGUGUGACCGGACACGGGCGACACAUGGAGUCGUGCCUCCACACGGCCUCCAGCCACUUCUCCCUCCCCGUCCCCCUCAACGUCACCCCAGGGUUCAGCACAGACAUAGUAUCUCUCCGCUGGCGCCUGCACUUUGAAUUCGUCACGGCCCGGGAGCCUAUGGAGCCUCCCACCGUUCUGCAGAACCAAUCAGAGGUCACAGUUUGGGCGGGGGCGGAGCACGUGGACGUGGACACCUUCAGCUGGGAUCUGCCGAUCAAAGUCCUGCCCACCAACCCAGCCUUGGCAUCCUACAUGUCCCAGUUCACAGGGACCAACAGGAUUAAUAUCUGACUCUGAGAAGAUCUGGUGAUGAAAAUGUGUCUCUGACGUGUCGACAGAUGUUUUCAUGGUCGUGUGUGAGACACGGAGAGAAAGAACAACUUGUUGUUUGUUUGUUGUUGUUGUUUUUUCUCUCCAGAUGUGGAGCAUUAGCACAGAUGUGCACAUUUCUGGAACAGAUCAUGUGUUUUUUGUUUCAUUGUAUAUGCAGAGCCAGUGAUGGAAUGAAUUUGUUUGCAGCCUUUAAUUUGCCUUUUGUCUUGUGCAUUUUUCGAUGCAUCCUAAUGUUAGAGACAUUUAUUCCUUUUUAGGAAAACUGAUGCACAUUAACUGUGUGAAGUGCAACUCUCUCUGUGGUUGUUGUCGAUAUUUAUUUCAGUUUUUCUUUUUCUUUUAUUGUCCUGCACACUUUAUUUCUGAUUUUAUGAGACAGCUUUUUCUUAUCCAAGAUAUUUUUACAGUGUAACAGUUUAGCUGAGGAAGGGAUUGAGGUGUAUAUAUAUAUAUAUAUAUAUAUAUGUACGACAAGAGAAAUUAAAAGUGUGAUUAAAAUUA